AGACACGCCCACGUCGAACUGUCAGCUGCUCAGUCCAAGAUGGCGCUGUCCUGUAGAGGUGUAUGCCGCGGGGCUUCAUUGAUCUUACUGUACGGAAAACGACCUGUCGGGGUUAAAGCAAGUCUCUGCACACCCAGUCUGGCUCCCACAAAACCCAGUUUGUGGUUCGUUAGACACUACUCGCCUUCACAAGCCAGGCACGGGAUUGGUCGAAGCGUUGUGUCCGGUCUGAAAUGGGCCAAUGAGAAAUAUGAAAGAUUCCUGCAACGUCGCUUUCCAAGAUUUUACGUCAUUUAUCACACUUUUAUGAAAGGUUUCCGGCUCCUGUUUCAAGAUGGUAAAGAAGUGAGAAGAAUCGUAGCCCGCAUGCUCAGUGAAAGAAUAGAGCACCAGAACUUGCCUUACCGUGACAUGGAGAAAGUCAGGCAGCUCCGCAAGGACUUAAUCAAAGCCAUUCCAUUGGUCAUCAUAUCAAUACCUCCUUUUGCCAACUAUCUGGUCUUCAUCCUUAUGUACCUCUAUCCUCGUCAGCUUCUGAUCCGGCACUUCUGGACCCCACAGCAGCUGGUGGAGUUUCAGGGGGUGUAUCAUGCCCAGAGAGCCCAGCACCACUGGGCUAUCAUCAAAGGGAUGGAGAGCACAUCAACAUCGGUCCAAGACAGCCGACUCAGAAGCCGUCUUUCAGAGCUCUGCAGUAAGGUCCGAAGUGGAGUCCAUCCUGUGGUGUCUGAUGUCCAUGCAGUGAGAACUUUGUUCUCUGGACCUCCCUUGGGUAUCAGGAGUAUGUAUGCAGAUCAGAUGAGACACCUCUGUGCAUUGCUCUUCCUGACGCCCCGCCUCCCAGGCUUCUGGAUUGGUCGACGUUUGAACAGCCAUGCUUUUGAACUCAUGCAGCUUGACCGUGCUAUUGUUCGAUUAGGCUUGCAUCAGUUAAACGACACAGAGCUCAGAGAGGCAUGUUACGUGAGAGGACUGAAUCCAGACCGCCUGAGUUCAGGACAGUGCAAGGAAUGGCUCACACAGUGGUUGCAGUUCUCAACACACCUCAAAGAGUCUGAGACCUCCCUCUAUCUGCACUGUAUGGUGUUGCUAACUGUGAACUUCCCUAAACACCCACGUCACUGACCUGUGGAGGAAGUAAGUGACUUAUCUUCAAAACGUCAGGCCCUGAUCAUCCACCACCACACCCAAAGGCAAAACACCGUGGGAGCAAACAGACUUGUGUAUGCAAAUCCAAACCGUGCAACACAAGCUUUUUUUACCUUAAGUCUUUUGCCUUAGUCGCACAUUAAUUUCAAAAUGAAGAAAUUAUUAUUAAUUUUUUGUUUUGUUUUUUGCAGGAAUUAUUCUUUAAAAGGGGUUGUCAUUCUUUAAAAGCUUUUCUUGGAGAUGUAUCCAAUUUAGUUUACUUCAGUAAGGAACAGAUAGGAGGGACAUGGUCAUUGAAAGAUGUAAUUGGAAUUCUUGAAUUUUUCUAAUUUCAUUAUUAAAUUUUUUCCGCAUAUAGACAGGGUGUGUAAUUAAUGACGUACAUUUACACUAGGAGAGGUUCUAACCACAUCUGAGACCAAAAGCACACUGAACAUCUGCUUAAUGCAUCCAUUCAGGUCUUAUAUUGAACAUUUUCAUUCUGAAUAUUUAUUCUAUUAACAACAGUUGUUCAUGCACAGUCAUUUGUGAAUUGCAUUUUGUACCUUUGUUUAAAACCUGCACUGACAAGUAUCACAUUCAUUUUUCUAGUUUCUUGCUCAAGAUGGUUUAAAAUGUUUUAUUAUAGAAACCCAUUUUUUAUGUUUUAAAUCUGUUGUCCAAACUGAAAAGAGGUUUACAGCCUUUAAAAAUACUGGAGAUAAAGUGAAUUCCUUAAUAUAUUAUUAAGCUAUGUUCUAUAAUGCAGCAUAUACUUAUUUUAAUUACAUUUAUUUAUUUUUGAGUUCUAAAGACUACAUGAACAAUAUUGCGCCUUGUUCUUGUCCUAUCCAAUAAGAAGCGGUUUCCUGUGAGCACUGGGCUGUUUGGUCAUAGCAUUUAUGUUAUGCUAAAUGAGUCUUGUCAAGUUCUGAAAUAACUUGAUCUUCUUAUUCAGCCUUUUAGCAGGUGCCUUUUACUUAAACACAGGUACAAAAGAGGUGCAGUUCAUGCAGUUAUCUUUACCUGUUGCCAGAUGUGUUGCUUUAUUUUGUUUUUAUAUAAAGAGACAAUGCUGUUUGGUUCAGUGUUAGUCAGUACACAUAGUCAGUGCAGUAUGAAAAUAUUGCAACUUCUAUUAAAAGACGUCAAACU